GUCCUUUCUCUUUUGUUUUCCGCCUGCCAGGCCGAGCUGCGGGAGCCGCCAGGAACCGCCGCCCCGAGGGAGAAGCGGCACCGGGACCUCGCCGGGGCCGUGUCUAGGAGCUGCCACCAGGCCCUCUGGAGAAGCGUAGAAGCGCCGGGUGUUACGGAGCUGGCAGUCCGGGCUGCGGAGUAAAAACUUUGCACUUUCUCUGCGGGAUUCCCACAUGCAAGUUGAUAACGUGAGACCGGCUGCUUUCCCUUGUGCUGCUGCGUGUCCCUGGCGUGCUGCGGGGCAGCGCUGACCCCGCACCUGCUGUUGUUUCCUUUACCCGGCCCUGGAGCUGCUUGGAAGGUUUGCGGUGCCAUGUGGGGCUAAGAGGGGUGCAGCGGCUCUCCACAGCGUGAGGCGGUAAACAUGGAGGCGGCGUGCAGACCCGCCGGCGACGAGCAGAGCCAGCAGGGCAUGGACGGCCCUGGGGACACCUCCAUGGACUGCUACCUGCGAUCUCAGGGCUUGUACAGAAAGAGAGUCGCCAAGGAUGGCUCUUGCCUUUUCAGGGCCGUGGCCGAGCAGGUGUUACACUCUCAGUCUCGGCAUAUUGAUGUUAGGAUGGCUUGUGUAGACUACCUUCGGAAAAAUAGGGAGAAGUUUGAAGCAUUCAUAGAGGGGCCAUUUGAAGAGUAUUUAAAAUGUUUGGAAAAUCCACAGGAAUGGGUUGGACAAGUAGAAAUAAGUGCCCUUUCUCUCAUGUACAAGAAAGACUUCAUAAUAUACCGGGAACCAAAUGCUUCUCCUUCACAUGUAACUGAAAAUGGCUUUUCUGACAAGGUAUUGCUGUGCUUCUCAAAUGGAAACCACUAUGAUAUUGUUUAUCCCAUAGAGUAUUCAGAAAAGGCUGCUCUGUGCCAGUCUCUGCUGUAUGAGUUGCUUUAUGAGAAAGUAUUUGAUACAGAUGUGAAGAAAAUCAUAGCAGAACUAAGUGCUGUUGGUGCAACAGAUGACAGUAAUGGCAGCAGUGAAGUAUCUGCUUCAGAUUCAGAUGAUGACAACUGCAGAAGUAAAGCUGCUACAGUUAGUGAUAUGAAUGGAUUGAAGUCUCCUUCUGACAACAAGCACCUUAAGAGCAACGGGAAUCCUACCUUGUUGGUCUUACCUAAAAAAGUUCUGAAAUCACUCAAUCCAUCAGUUUACAGAAAUGUUGAGUAUGAUGUCUGGCUCCAAUCCAAGCUGGAUCAGCAAAAGCAAGAUUUUUCUAUUGCUGCUGGCAUGCAAUACUCAGUUGGAGAUAAAUGUAAAGUGCGCUUAGACCAUAAUGGGAAAUUUUACAACGCCCAUAUCCAAGAAGUCUGUUCAGAGAAUGGGCCAGUUGUUGUGUUUGUAGAAGAGCUUGGAGCAAAGCAUGCUGUCUCACUGAAGAGCCUUAAACCUCUUCCACAGGCCUCUCCUAUGGAGGGCUGGAACACUGUGCCAGGGAAGAAGAUGAAAAAGUUUUUCCCAACCUGGGGGCAGAAUGCUCAGCCUGAUGCAGAUUGCAGAGGGCCAAAGAAUCAGAGCAAGUCAAUAAAACCCCAGCCAGCACUACCUCCUCGACUUCAGCAUACUGUGGGAACCAGGCAGCAUCAGUUCUCAUGUUCUGGACCCCAACCUCAUCAGACCUCAACGGAGCAAAAAGCUCCAGGCAGGAAUCCUUCCCAAACUGUAAGAAAACCAGAGCGGGAGAGGAGUGAGGACCUGAACCCUGGCAGCAGGGACUGCAACUACUUUGGCCUGUCCCCAGAGGAACGCAGGGAGAAACAAGCUAUAGAAGAAUCUCGUUCACUUUAUGAGAUCCAGCAGAGGGAUGAGCAAGCUUUCCCUGCUCUUUCCAAUAAUCAGUCAGUCUGUCAGGCUGCUACACAGACUGUGGAUAACUUAAACCAGAAAAAGCUCUCAAAUAAUGAGAGAAGAAAUAGCAAGUGGACAGCGGAGGUGGAAGAGCAGAAGGAAAAAGAGUCAAAUUCCAGGCAGAUCCACUUAAGUCAGAAGCUUGAGCCAAAUUCAUCUGAGAAGAGUAGUCAAGAUGAGAGUUACCCAAAAGCUUCAUCUCCUGUGGAACAAGUAAAAACAGAAUCUCCUCCGGUUCUUGCCGAGCAAGUAAGAAAUGUUUGUUUGAUUUCAAAGUUUUCCAGUCAGGAGACUUCAGACAAAGGGGAGCUUCGUCACAGCCACAAUUUGACAGAGUGUUUACCAAGUGUAACUCCAACACCCUCACCAGUCUUCUCUGAGGUGCAUUUACCUCCAGCAGUGCCUUCUGUACCAGCCAUUGUGCCAGCUUGGCCAAGCGAGCCAGCAACUUAUGGACCAGCAGGUAUUCCAGCUCAAAUACCUGCUUCUACACUGAUGCCAGCCCCAGCAGCAGGACCUGACUCUAUUGUGUCACAGGCUCAGGUAACAUCUGCUCCAGUUGCUGGAGUUCCUGUGUCACUACAAGCAGUUAACCAGCCUGUAAUGCCUUUGCCUCAGACUCUGAAUCCUUAUCAGGAUCCACUAUACCCUGGAUUCCCUCUUAGUGAAAAGGGAGAAAGAGCCAUUGCACCCUCUUACUCCCUGUGCAAUACUGGGGAAGACUUGCCUAAAGAUAAGAACAUUCUUAGAUUUUUCUUCAAUCUUGGUGUGAAGGCAUACAGCUGUCCCAUGUGGGCACCCCAUUCCUACUUGUACCCCCUGCACCAGGCCUAUUUAGCUGCUUGCAGGAUGUAUCCGAACAUGUCCCUUCCCAUGUACCCACACAAUGCUUGGUUCCAGGAGGCUCCGGCUCAGAGUGACGGUGAAACUGCACGGACAAACAGGCACUUCCCUGUUCCCAGUGAGGCCAGACCCAAUGGUCAGAUCCCACAGGUUGACAGCAGAGCUGCGUCACUGCCUCUGAUGAUACCUACAGCUCAGGUGUCGGAAAGUCAAGGACAGGUCUGUGUGGAAUCGGAGAAUCCAGUGCAAGCUCUUCAUGCCAACUAUGAGGAGUCCCUGAGAGGAAAAAAUAUGUUCCCACAGACCCCCUUUGGACACAACCACUUUCUAGGAGCUGUUCCAAUAGCACCUCCUUUCUUCCCUCACUUUUGGUAUGGGUACCCAGUUCAGGGCUUCAUUGACAAUUCAGCAGCAAGACCUAAUGUAGUCCUGUCACCGGAGGACAAAGAGGCAGCAGCCAACGCUGUGGUGAACAUGUAUGUGGCGAAAGAAUGUGUCCCUCCAGUUCCUGUGGUGAACUGUGCAGAGCAGCUUCCGAAGGUUGGCAGCAGCUCGAACACCAUGCCUUUCCCUGUGGCUGGAGCAAGCAGUGAAUGCAGUGCCCCAAAAGAAGCUUCAGCCAGGGCACCUCAGUUGGAGCACACUUGUCCUUCUGCUAAGCAAAAACCAGCUGGCCAGCAGAAUCGUUCUCCACUAACACAGGGGACUGAGAAGCAGACAGCAGUGCCCAACACUCCUCCCCUGGCAGCAGAGCCACCUAAAAAUGAACUGAAACACAGCAUUUGCAGUCGUAAGGACAAGACUGACAAAGGCAGAGAUUGCAGGGGCAUGGGCAGUCUGCAGGCAGAGAGCAGGGUGCAGAGAGCUCGGGAGGAGAGCUCAGAAGAUGAGAGUGAAGUCUCCGAUAUGCUGAGGAGUGGCAGAUCCAAGCAGUUCUACAACCAGACUUAUGGAGGAGGCAGAAGGCCUCGACUUGAGUGGGGCUAUUCCAGCAGGGGAGGAUACCAGUUCCAAAGGAACGAGGAGGCCUGGAAAGGGCCACCCAGCAGAAGCAGAGAUGACGGCCACCAGUAUCAGCGAAACUUCAGAGGGAGGCCGUACAGGAAUGACAGGAGAAGGGCAACACUGGGAGAUAAUCAGAGGGGGCAUCAAGCAUAGAAGGGAGGGAGAAUGAAAACUUUUACAAUACAGGAAAUCAUUUGAAGUAGCAGUUUAAAAUCUUAAAUCUUUUUUUUAGUAACGUUCAUGGCUACGUUUAACUUUCGGCAAGACAAGACUAGGAGGAUGUGAGCACCUGCCCUCUGGUUUGGAGGAUUCUAGAGUGAGUUUGGCUUAGUGGUUUUUUUUCCUCAA